UCCCUUUGAUCAAUCCAUCCAGAAACUUCCCUCUCUGAUCCCCUUCCCUCCAUUUAAGCAAGCAGCUUCAGUUUAGGGUUGAGGUAUCAUCCUUCUGAUCGGAAAAUCUCCCCCGAUUCCUCCGCCACUCCACAGCCGGAAAUCGCUUCUGUUUGGGGUAUUCCACAAGAUGCAGGGCAACAGAGGUGGUCGAGAUCCAUUCAUGGAUUUUGGUGGUCCUUUUGGUGGUCCUUUUGGCAGCCCUUUUGGCGGCUUUGGUGGUCAGAGGAGUCUAAUUUCUAGUUUCUUUGGUGGAAGAGAUCCAUUUGAUGACCCUUUCUUUACACAGCCAUUUGGUGGCAUGUUUGGAUCAAGCUUCUUAGGUUCUAUGCCAAGAAGUCCUUUCAUGGACUUGCAUCCUGGUGGAUUUAUUGAGCAUAAUCCUCCACAGCAAAAGAGGUCAAGGGGCCCUAUUAUUGAAGAAUUGAACUCGGAUGAUGAGCAAGAAGCAGAACGGGAGAGAAAAGGAAACCCCAGGAAGCAUGCUAGGUCCACUGAUGGCCUUCAGCUUGAGGGUCGACGUGAGGAAGAUGAAGGGAGAUCGAGGAGUCAUGUUCAGUCUUGGGAUGGGCACAUAAACAGGCACAUUCAGGGGACUUCUCAACCACAAGGUCAUAGUUAUACUUUUCAAAGCUCCACUGUGACAUAUGGUGGUGCCAAUGGUGCUUAUUAUACCUCAUCUACAACAAGGAGGACGGGAAGUGAUGGGGUGUCAUUUGAAGAGAGUAAAGAGGCUGACAGCUCUACAUUGGAAGCAGCUCAUAGGGUUUCACGUGGACUUAACAAUAGGGGCCAUUCUGUGAUGAGGAAACUUAAGUCAGAUGGUAGGGUAGAUGCAAUGGAGACCCUGCACAAUCUUAAUCAAGAUGAUCUGGUGGGAUUUGAGGAAGCUUGGAAAGGAAAUGCCAGAAAGCAUCUUCCUGGCUGGACUGAUCAUUCUAACAGCUACAAUGGUCACGGAGGCAGCAGCAGUAGGGGAGCUUGGGCCCUUCCAUCAACAGACCGUGCAGCUCCAAAGGUUGCUCAGCAGACUAUUGAGGGUGCUAAGCCACCUUUCAAACAGGCCUCUGGUAAGGUGAAGCCAGAAACCAGCAGAAAGGGCGGUCGAUCUCAAGGGAAAACUAGAGGCCAGUAGAGGAUAAGAGUCCUCGCUUGUAUAACCUUUAUUCUAAAUUCUCACUGUAGCGCACAUGUUGAAGGCUCGCCACAUAUUGUGUUGUCUUUUAUAGGACUUAAGUUUGAUGUCUGCGGGAAAUAUAUUUCCGUUGUUAAAUGGGAUAUUGGGAUCUUGAAUGAGCCGUAGAUGGCGUUCAGAAGCACAGAGUUGGUUGUCCUUUAAGAGGGAUGGAAGUGGCGUAGUAGAGCAAUGUAGCAAUCAAAUUGUUGUAAUGGCAAAUAAUAUAUGAUCUUAUUGAUCGGGUGAUGAAGCUAGGUGAAUUUCAGUA